CCUGGGCUCGCUCAGCCGCUGACGCCGAUUCCUCCGCAGGGAAGCGCCGGCCGCCGCUGCCCGGCCAUUCCUUCUGGGCGAGCUCGGAACCCGGAGGAAGGAGCCCGGCUUCCCCCGCCCGCUUCGCCGAGAGAACUUUCUGCAUGACGGUCUCCAAGAUGUCAUGGCGGCCACAAUAUCGCAGUUCCAAGUUUCGAAACGUCUACGGCAAAGUAGCCAAUCGAGAGCACUGCUUUGAUGGGAUUCCAAUUACCAGGAAUGUCCAUGACAACCAUUUCUGUGCAGUUAAUACCAGAUUCCUUGCCAUAGUAACGGAAAGUGCUGGUGGGGGCUCUUUCCUCGUCAUUCCACUGGAACAAACUGGCCGAAUUGAACCAAACUACCCCAAAGUCUGUGGCCACCAAGGCAACGUACUUGAUAUUAAGUGGAACCCCUUCAUUGAAAACAUCAUUGCUUCUUGCUCAGAAGACACUUCAGUUCGGAUAUGGGAAAUCCCGGACGGAGGCUUGAAGCGCAACAUGACAGAGGCUGUCCUGGAGCUGUAUGGCCACAGCCGGCGUGUUGGCAUCAUCGAGUGGCACCCAAUCACCACCAAUAUCCUGUUCAGUGCUGGCUAUGACUAUAAGGUCCUCAUCUGGAACUUAGAUAUUGGUGAACCGGUGAAGAUGAUUGACUGCCACUCUGACGUCAUCCUUUGCAUGUCCUUCAACACAAAUGGCAGUUUACUUGCCACCACUUGCAAAGACAGGAAGCUACGGGUCAUUGAGCCACGUUCAGGCAAAGUCCUCCAGGAGGCAAACUGCAAGAAUCACCGUGUGAACCGUGUGGUCUUCUUAGGGAACGUCAAGAGGCUUCUAACAACUGGAGUGUCGCGCUGGAACACCAGGCAGAUUGCUCUCUGGGAUCAGGAGGAUCUAUCCAUGCCACUGAUAGAGGAAGAGAUUGAUGGAUUAUCGGGCCUUCUCUUCCCAUUCUAUGAUGCUGACACCCACAUGUUGUACCUGGCUGGCAAGGGAGAUGGGAAUAUCCGAUACUAUGAAAUCAGCACUGAGAAGCCAUACCUGACCUACCUAAUGGAGUUCCGUUCUCCAGCCCCACAGAAAGGCCUUGGAGUAAUGCCGAAGCAUGGUCUGGAUGUCUCUGCAUGUGAGGUGUUUCGGUUUUACAAGCUCAUCACACUGAAGGGAUUAAUUGAGCCGAUCUCUAUGAUUGUACCAAGGAGAUCUGAAACAUACCAGGAAGAUAUCUACCCAAUGACUCCGGGUCCAGAACCUGCCCUCACCCCAGACGAAUGGCUGAGUGGAAUGAAUAGGGAUCCCAUAUUGAUGUCUUUAAAGGAAGGCUAUAAGAAAGAAUCCAAAGUAGUUUUUAAACCACCAAUAAAAGAGAAGAAAAGUGUUGUUGUCAAUGGGAUAGAUCUCUUGGAAAAUGUGCCACCCAGAACAGAGAAUGAGCUCCUCCGAAUGUUCUUCCGGCAACAAGACGAGAUCCGUCGACUGAAGGUUGAGCUUUCGCAGAAAGACAUCAAAAUCCGACAGCUACAGUUGGAAUUGAAAAACUUGCGUAAUAACCCCCAGAACAAUGGACUCUGAAGGGAUUUUUUUUCUAAAGAAACUCUUUGUUUAUACCCACUCUUUAAUUUUACUGUCUCAACUUAACACGUGAUAUGAGCCAGAGACCCUGUGCCAGCACACGGGUACACCUGCUAACUGGAAGCCUCUUCUUCUGUGGUCAUUGCCUAGCACUAAAAAGUUAUUUGUAUGGUUUAACUUGAGAACUACUGCAUGAAAAGAACAAGGGACGUGUAUAUUCCAAAUUUCUCUUGAAGUAAGUAGAAGCGUACUGCUGUUUGUCAUUCUUGCAAAAUUACGGAAUCAGUUUUCAUCCCUGAUUAUUCCAGGGAUGAAAAAGGAAAGCACUGUAAGCCCAGACAAAAUCAACUGAAUUCAUUUAUUACUUACCUUUCUUCUCCUGAGAUAAUGGGGGGGGGGGCUGUCGAUAAACAGUGAGUGUGCAAUUGGAAUGCAAACUCACUACACUGAAAAGAAAUCUGGAAGAAAAACAGCUUCCCUUCUCUUGGGAACCGUGACCUGAGCGUUCCUUGAACCCUGCAGCCAGUGUGGGCUUUGGUGUUAUUGAACACUCUCCAGGGCUCACCCUGCCUGUCUGGCGCCUGCUUUGCUUGGGCAUCACUCUAGGGCUGGUAGCUACAAUUUAUUCUGUUGAAAUAUACCCAAUGGGCACUAGGUAAUGAAUGCACACAGGUUGCAUCUCUAAUUGAUCUCUUCAAGAGUGGUUGCAAAUGUACCCAUGUACACUCGCACACUCGCACAGCUACAAGAGUCCUGAAGAUAACCUUGACAAAAGGAAACAGAUGCUGUUAAGUGGCAAGUAGAUGCAGUCUUUGAGGGAAUACAAUCCAAAAUACAAACGCAACACAUACAGGCCUACCAGAGGCCAUUCUCUUGAUCAAGAGAGUCCAGAUGGAAGACCCAGCGGGUAUUUCAAGUGGGGAGCAGUUAACCCAGCGAAAAUUAAGCACCUUUAAUGUACUACCCAUAAGCAGCUUCUGAGCUAGGGGUAUGUUUCAUUCAUUUUGGUAGAAGCAGUAGACGGCAGAGCUGUAUUUGUAGCUGCAUUUAUAUUUGCUAGUAAGGCACAAUGCUGAAGAGUGCCAGUCAGUCCCACACGAUGUUAAACGUGACUCUCCCAUCCUGACAGUUUUCAAACAGAUUCAUAGCUCAGGUUCUUCAGCAGCUAAUGGAGCAGUUGGCAAACGGCCAGUUUGUGGCAGGAAAGAGAGCUGGUAAUCCUUAUUGAAGCACAUCCAGGAAGAUGGAUGGCCAUUGCCCCCCUGCCCAAAUGCAGAUCUGCUUAUUGAGUACAUGAUCUAAUUAUGAGGUGUGGGGCCCUGACAGCUUUCAUGGCACUUACAAAACUGCAGGCCCAUUCUAAUUAUUUCGCCUAAAAAACCCCAAUCCCCACCUUUUUUAGGACAGGGAGUUGGCAAGCUACCUGCACAACAAAGUGCCAACCUUUAGUAUCAGAUACUCAUGGAGGUUGGGGUGUGUGGAUUUCAAAAUCAAUAUAGUGGCCAGGAUGCAUUAGGCGAGCUUUGCAUUGACUGCACUAUCAUGGCCAUCUUGGCUUCAUUUCCAAGAAAGCUGCUGGAGCUGAACAUUUUGCAUGCUACCAAAGGCAGUCACUGAACAAAAAAAAAAGGGGGGGGGCAGGAAAUGUUCAACCCAAGGUACCAGGCUAGAAACCAGGUGCCUGAGUUCUAGUCCUAUCUUGGGCAUGAAAGACAGCUGGGUGACUUUGGGCCAGCCUCUCUUUCAGCUCAAUCCACUUCAUAGGGUUGUUAUGGGGAGAGGAAGAGGAGGAGGGAGAAGUGUUAGAUAUAUUCACUGCCUUCAGUUAUUUAUAAAAAUAAUCUCAGGAUAAAAUCUGAAAAACAAACAAGAUUAUUAAAGUAGGCAGCAUCCUGCAGAAGGGCUGGUAAGUAGGUAGGUUCUUCCAUCAUAGCCAUUUUGGGAGAUCACCCACAUUUUAGAUUUCUGAGUAUGCCAGCUGCUGUUCCCACGAUGGCGGAGCCCGUUCUGUCUCUGCCUUCACACCAUGCAUGCAACUUAAGAAACGCCUUUCUCGCUCACGGCUGGUUGGUUAGGAUUUCUUGAGUCUCCCACUCUAGGAAUUCUGUCAAUCCCAAAGGAGUUGUUGUCUUCAAGACUGGCCCUACAUAUUUUGCUGCUCGAGAUAGAGAUUUGGCGCAGAUGCUGGGCAAUGUGGCAGCUCAACCUGAUGGUACUACUCCUGGCUGCCUUAUCUGGGCUGCAAAAAUGCAGAUGGCACAAGAUGGCAUCGCCAGUUCAGGGUUUUGUAUCUCUGAACUGCCAUCUAGUCUCCCCCAGAAUUUUGCUGAACAGAUCUGCUUAGCCCUUCUUUGGGGCAAAGAACAGGCUAUGUUAUACCCCUCUGUCCUCCCAAGAUUAUUCUGCGCCACCUUGCUUUCUUAAUCCCUGUUACUAGGACUGGGCAGAUACACUUUCAAGGAAAAUGCAGUUGGAAGGUAAAUUUUGCAAGAGGGUCGGGCAGAAGUGCCUGCCAAGCGAAUUAGGUCAGCACAGCUUUCAGCUUGGAGUCACCCAGAUAUGAUGAGUACCCAGAAUUUCCAGCCUGUAUGGCCUGACCAAUGCAUCCUGAAGACAUUCAGCUGGAGAAUGGCUUAAUAUUUAAUUUCCUACUUUGCUGUUCAAAAUAGGAAAUAGGAUGGCUGGCUGCCUUUGCAGAAAAGGAGUGUUGUGACUGCGAUAUCUUUGCUGCCAGCUCUUCUAGCAUAGCUCUUCUCUCCUUCCAGAGCCACACCCUUUUCUCAUAAAUAAGAAAGUGGUAAUUCUGUUUGUGGAAUCCUGAUCAAAUUACAAUGGCAACUGAGUUUCAAUGCCCACUGAAGAAGUCAAGCGCCUGAAAUGUUGUGUACAGUAUUCUAAAGUAGCCUUGUGUUCCUGAAUGAGACAUUGGGGAGUUAUUUACACAUUUACACACUACCUAGAGAAGCCUGCAUUGGGAGGCUAGCACUGGGCCCACUUACCACACCUGCUGUCAUCCAUCCCACAAGAAGCAGAAUGCAGCCAGGAUACAUGCUAAAGGGGUUAGGAGAGGCUUUGUAAAUGCAAGAGUUCAAUCAAAAUUUGGUACUUUUGGAAGCAAGGGGUACACAAUGUUGUCCCUGGACCUGCCAGCACACUUAAGAUGCAUUAGUGAUCAUUCUGGCUUCUAUCCAGCUCUCGCUGGCUUGGAACUAGCUAAGAGGUUGGCCGAUUCAAAAGAUUUAAAGGGACUCAUUCAAAGUAUUGAAGCCAUAUUAGUUCUGCUCUCCCUCAACUAUGGUUUGGGAAUCAUCCCAUUCAGAUGUUGUGGGGAAUGUUGUGACAAGCCUUUACUCUAUACAGAAGAGUGGAUCUGGCAGGAUCAGUUUUGUCCAUAAAGGGCAGGAAAAAGCUGACCUCCGGGCUUAGCCCAGUUCAACUUCUCAGGGCUUCUGGUCCUGCAGUUUCACAGUUCCCACGCCAGUAUGUGGACAAUCACUUUCCUUGAAAAUUAGAGCCAGGUUGCCAGAGAUUCCACUUCGUGCACCAAAGAUUUCUUUGGGAUCCACCUUUUAUCACACCUUUCAUUCACAAGGACAGCCAGGCAACUGGGCUCCUUUUUCUCUUUGCAUCCAUGUUCACAUUGUACUCUGUGCCUAACACUGAUUUUCCACUGCGCCACUUCAGUGUUCCCAUCCGCUUAUUAUUUAUGCUGCCCUACAGUAGCGACAAAAUAAAGCUACCCAAAUAGCAAACCAA